AUGUCGGACACAUUCCAAGAGAGUGUGAUGCAAAAUUACUUCGACGAUAUGGCCCCCGUAUACCAGGAACGUUUCGCAGAAGGUCUGCGAGUCCUUGCUGAGCAACUCCUACUGAACCGCAUGUGGCUCAGCGACAAAUGGAUCGACACCGAGGCCGGCAAAGCCGAGAAUAAAGACGGAGAGGGAGUCACUAUGCUCGAUUAUGCUUGUGGAACUGGUGCAGUCUCACUUGCUCUAGCUCCAUUUCUCACACAAGUAACAGGGAUGGACACAUCUCCAAGUAUGAUUGUGGAAUAUGAGAAAAAUGCACAAGCCGCUCAUCUCGGUGAGAAGAUAGUCGGCCGGACAGGAGACUUGCUCGCCCCCAUUGUCGAAGAGAGUUUAUCGGAUUUGCCCAAGUUUGAUCUCGUUGCUGUUAGCAUGGCGCUGCAUCAUUUCGAGAACCCGGCACUAGGUGUGCAACAGCUGGCGAGGUAUAUCAAGACCGGUGGUGUCUUUAUGGCCAUUGAUCUUGUUGUUCAGGAUCAUGGUCCUCAUGGAUUUGGAGGAGCCGAGGGGACUAUCAGUACCCAUGGCUUUUCGCGCACAGAUAUACAGAAGAUCUUUGAAGAUGCUGGACUGAGUUAUUUUGAUUACAAGGUCGUUCCAAAGCCUCUCAAGUUUGUGCAUGGUGGGAAGGCUAUUGAGAAGACUGUUUUCAUUGCUCGCGCUCAGCUGGUUUGA